CGCGGCCAAUCAGAGAGCACACACAUGGGAAGAGUUUUAAAAAGAUUCGGAAAAGUGUUGGAAAGUUGUCCAAAAGCCUCCGCCAGCAGGUCCGAGCACGACUGGGGCGAAUAAUAAUAUUAUUAAUAAAAAGAAAAGGGGGUAAAAGAUACCCGCGGAUUUGUUUGGGACUUUCUCUGCGUGCUUUCCCUGCCUUGUUUGGACAGAGAGCUCUAACCUGCUUCUCCAUUUUUAAAGCUCUCCCCUAGCUCCACUGUAAAUAGCCAAAAAAGAAAAGAAAAGAAAACCCGACAGAAUGACAACACAUUUCAGGAGCGGCCCAGCCUUCGGACUCUCCGCCGAGGUCAAGAGUAAGCUUGCAGGAAAAUAUGACCCACAUAAGGAAGAGGAGCUGAGACUGUGGAUUGAAGAUGUGACUGGCAAAAGGACCGGGGACAGCUUCAUGGAUAGCCUGAAAGAUGGAGUACUAUUGUGCGAGCUCAUAAAUGCUCUCCAGCCGGGCUCUGUGAAAAAGAUCAACCACUCCAGUCAAAACUGGCACCAGCUGGAAAACAUAGGGAAUUUCGUCCGAGCCAUCACGGAGUACGGCCUGAAGCCACACGACAUCUUUGAGGCCAACGAUCUGUUUGAGAAUGUCAACCACACUCAGGUCCAGUGCACACUCAUCGCUCUGGCUGGAAUGGCCAAGUCCAAAGGUUUCCACUCGAAGUACGAUAUAGGCGUGAAGUACGCAGAGAAACAGCAGCGGCGCUUCGCUCCCGAGAAGCUCAGGGAGGGACGUAACAUCAUAGGCCUGCAGAUGGGCACUAACCAGUUUGCCAGUCAAAAGGGCAUGACCUCUUACGGGACACGACGCCAUUUGUAUGAUGCCAAAAUAGGCAUGGACACCCCUGACCAAUCUACUAUCAGCCUACAGAUGGGCACCAACAAGGGAGCCAGCCAGUCCGGCAUGACGGCUCCAGGAACCAGGAGGCAUAUUUUUGACAAGAACCUGAAGCUGGAGGACUGUGACACCACCACAAUCUCUCUGCAGAUGGGCACCAACAAAGGGGCCUCUCAACAGGGCAUGACCACUUAUGGCCUGCCCCGCCAAGUCUACGACAACAAGUACUGCAUCAACCCCACUGAGGCCAACUGCAACAACGGGAGCGAGGUGGAGUUUGAUGGCUACAACCAGUACUCUGACUAAGGGGAAAAACCAUGGACAGCAGCAUCCUCCCUCUCCCUCUCCCUCACCCCAACCCAACCCCCACCCCCUCACCCCUUUUUUUUCGCUUUUACUUUAGACAGCCAGCUGCGACUGUCCUUGCGACGAUCAGACCUUUCAGAUCGAUUGACGUCAUUGUCUGCUUCAUUUCCCGUCUUUUAUAAACAAGUUUUUGACUCUUCAGCUUAUUGUUUGGCUUUCCGUGAGUAAAAGAGAAGAAAUGUGUUUACACUGACCUUCCGUCACAAAAAAAUGUGGUGGCCAAGUUCAGUCGCUCUAGUUAAUGAUGUUAUUGUUACAGCUAAAAAUAACCACGCUCUGAAGUGGAGACUUUUUGAUCUUUUGCAAUUUAUAGUCUUUUGUUUUGUUUUUUUUUUUGUUUUUUUUUUUCCCUAAAGCUUUUUAUACUUGCAUCGUAAUUUAGAAAUUUUUUUUUUUUUACCCCCGUGUAGCCAGUCCAGUUUGAACAUAAUGAAGCAAAAUAUGCAAAGUUCCUGGAGGGCAAACAAGUUGGUGCUAUUGAACUUCGACCCAGUUGGAACACGUCCACAUUAAGAGCUCUGCAGGCUCCAGGAUACCACUCCUUUGGAUGACACACAAGCUCUGGGUCCACAGACUGAUCGCGAUGCGCAGCUUUUGUGCGGACAUUGCUUUUCUUUUCUUUCUUUUUUUUCACCGCAAGCACCUGCGCUAACCAAUAGUCAUGUUAAGUCUGCUAAAUUACCCAUUGUGCCAUUUUUGCAGGGCUCAUUUACAUGGCUUGUUGUGGAGCAUUUCAGAGUUUGUUUACUGAGAAAGUCUUUUUUUUUUUUUU